AGAUGGAGGUGGAGCUGGGCUUAUUUGAGAGUAAAUUGGGACAUCUCAAAGGGAGCAGCUCCUCUAUAAGAAGGCCACUAUCCGCAACUAGCAGCACCCUGUAAGCUGCUUCGGCCUCUAUCCUACUUGUUCCUCUGGUGAACUAGGUUAAUUAAAUCUACAAAAAGAUGCCUAAAUUACUACAAAGCAUCGUCACUGUCAUCGAAGUUUUCUACCAGUAUGCCACCAAGGAUGAGGAGUGUGACAUGUUGAACAAGGUAGAAAUGAAAGUAUUUUUGGAAAAUGAAUUCCGUCAAAUUAUGAAGAAUCCAGAUGAUCCAGACACUGUAAAUAUCAUCAUGCAAAGUCUGGAUCGAGACCAUAACAAGAAAGUGGAUUUUACUGAGUAUCUUCUGAUGAUAUUCCAGCUGGCUCAGGCUUGUAAUAAAAUCAUCGGCAAAGAUUACUGCCAAGCUUCAGGGUCAAAGCAAAGAGAUCACAGUCACCAGCACCAAGAGGAACAAGAGGAACAUAGUGAAACAGAAGAGAAGGGCAACAGGCAAGAAUCGUCUUGCAGGCAUUCAAGUUGGAGUGCAGGAGAGAAUGAUUCCUAUUCCAGGGGCUCCAGAGGACGCAUUAAACACAGGCCUCAAUCCAGCUCCAGAAGAGUUGGGCAUCAAGGAGGUUCGUCUAAUUUGGGACACAGGCAAAGCUCUGGGGAAAGAUGGAGAGAGUCAAGCUCGGGCCACUUCAAGAAAAAUAAGUAUGGCUCUCAUCAGCAAGAAGGGUCUGGGAGUGAAGAAGAUGGUUAUACUCAGUCAAAUAGCUAUAGAAAAAGAUCACACUCAGCAAAUCAGUCAGGCGGUUGUGGAGAACACGGGUAUGGUUCCCACUCAGAGGAUCGGUCUUUCAGUUCUGACCAACAUAGGUCUCACUCAAAUGAAUCUUUAGGAAAUAGACUACAGGAGAAGAAAUCAAAUCAACAUCAUGGAUUCAGCUCAGGGAGUUGUGGAGGACAAGACCACUGGUCAAAUUCAAAUGAGCCCACUGGUUAUGGUCAUGAGUCUGGCUCAGGUCAGUCCUCUAGUCAAAGAAGACAUGGAUCCCACUCAAGUGGUCAGUCAGGGCGCCGUGAAAGACAAAAGCAUGGCUCUGGAUCAGGACAAUCCUCUAAUUAUGGAAAAUAUGGAUCUGGCUCUAAUCAAUCUUCUAGUCAGAGAUACCAUGAGCCUAGUUCAGAAUCCAGUUUAGGUGAGUCAUCAAGCUGUGGACAACAUGGAUCUGGGUUUGGUCAGUCUUCUGGCUUUGGGCAACAUGGGUCUGGUUUAGGUCAAUCCUCUAGUUACGGACAACAUAGUUCUACUUCAAGGCAGUCAUCAAACUUUGGACACCAUGGAACUAGCUCAGGCCAGUCUUCCAGCUAUGGUCAACAUGGGUCUAGAUCAAGUCAGUCUUCUAGCCACAGCCGACAUGGGUCAGGCUCAGGUCAGUCUUCUAGCUAUGGCCAACAUAGAUCAGGAUUAGGCCAGGCUUCCAGCUAUGAACAACAUGGGUCUGAAUCAGGUCAAACCUCUGGCUAUGGCCGACACAGGUCUGGCUCAAGUCAAUCUUCUAGCCAUAGCCGACAUAGGUCUGGAUCAGGUCAAUCCUCUGGCUAUGGCCGACAUAGGUCUGGCUCAAGUCAAUCUUCUAGCCAUAGCCAAUAUAGGUCUGGAUCAGGUCCAUCCUCUGGCUGUGGACAACACAGACGUAGCUCAGGUCAAUCUUCUGGCUUUGGGCAACAUGGAUUUGGAUCAGGUCAAUCCUCUAGUUAUGGACAACAUGGUUCUACUUCAGGACAGUCAUCAAACUUUGGACACCAUGGAACUAACUCAGGUCAGUCUUCCAGCUAUGGUCAACAUGGGUAUGGCUCAGGUCAGUCUUCUAGCUAUGGUCAACAUGGAUAUGGCUCAGGUCAGUCUUCUAGCUAUGGUCAACAUGGGUCUGGCUCAGGUCAGUCUUCUUAUGGUCAACAUGGUUCUGGCUCAGGUCAGACUUCUAGCUAUGGACAACAUGGUUCUGGCUCAGGUCAGACUUCUUAUGGUCAACAUGGGUCUGGCUCAGGUCAGUCUUCUUAUGGUCAACAUGGGUCUGGCUCAGGUCAGUCUUCUUAUGGUCAACAUGGUUCUGGCUCAGGUCAGACUUCUAGCUAUGGUCAACAUGGUUCUGGCUCAGGUCAGACUUCUUAUGGUCAACAUGGUUCUGGCUCAGGUCAGUCUUCUUAUGGUCAACAUGGCUCUGGCUCAGGUCAGUCUUCUUAUGGUCAACAUGGUUCUGGCUCAGGUCAGACUUCUAGCUAUGGUCAACAUGGUUCUGGCUCAGGUCAGUCUUCUUAUGGUCAACAUGGUUCUGGCUCAGGUCAGACUUCUAGCUAUGGUCAACAUGGUUCUGGCUCAGGUCAGUCUUCUAGCUAUGGUCAACAUGGUUCUGGCUCAGGUCAGUCUUCUUAUGGUCAACAUGGUUCUGGCUCAGGUCAGUCUUCUUAUGGUCAACAUGGUUCUGGCUCAGGUCAGUCUUCUUAUGGUCAACAUGGUGCUGGCUCAGGUCAGUCUUCUUAUGGUCAACAUGGCUCUGGCUCAGGUCAGUCUUCUUAUGGUCAACAUGGUUCUGGCUCAGGUCAGUCUUCUUAUGGUCAACAUGGUUCUGGCUCAGGUCAGUCCUCUAGUUAUGGUCAACAUGGUUCUGGCUCAGGUCAGUCUUCUUAUGGUCAACAUGGUUCUGGCUCAGGUCAGACUUCUAGCUAUGGUCAACAUGGUUCUGGCUCAGGUCAGUCUUCCAGCUGUGGUCAACAUGGGUCUGGCUCAGGUCAGUCUUCUUAUGGUCAACAUGGUUCUGGCUCAGGUCAGACUUCUAGCUAUGGUCAACAUGGUUCUGGCUCAGGUCAGACUUCUUAUGGUCAACAUGGUUCUGGCUCAGGUCAGUCUUCUUAUGGUCAACAUGGUUCUGGCUCAGGUCAGACUUCUAGCUGUGGUCAACAUGGUUCUGGCUCAGGUCAGUCUUCCAGCUGUGGUCAACAUGGGUCUGGCUCAGGUCAGUCUUCUUAUGGUCAACAUGGUUCUGGCUCAGGUCAGACUUCUAGCUAUGGUCAACAUGAUUCUGGCUCAGGUCAGUCUUCUUAUGGUCAACAUGGUUUUGGCUCAGGUCAGACUUCUAGCUAUGGUCAACAUGAUUCUGGCUCAGGUCAGUCUUCUUAUGGUCAACAUGGUUCUGGCUCAGGUCAGUCUUCUUAUGGUCAACAUGGUUCUGGCUCAGGUCAGACUUCUUAUGGUCAACAUGGUUCUGGCUCAGGUCAGUCUUCUUAUGGUCAACAUGGGUCUGGCUCAGGUCAGCCUUCUUAUGGUCAACAUGGUUCUGGCUCAGGUCAGUCUUCUUAUGGUCAACAUGGUUCUGGCUCAGGUCAGUCUUCUUAUGGUCAACAUGGCUCUGGCUCAGGUCAGUCUUCUUAUGGUCAACAUGGUUCUGGCUCAGGUCAGUCUUCUUAUGGUCAACAUGGUUCUGGCUCAGGUCAGACUUCUAGCUGUGGUCAACAUGGUUCUGGCUCAGGUCAGUCUUCUAGCUGUGGUCAACAUGGGUAUGGCUCAGGUCAGUCUUCCAGCUAUGGCCAACACAGGUCUGGAUCAGGUCAGCCUUAUAGCCAAUCUGGGUGUGGAUGGAGUCAGCCUUCUAGCUGUGGCCAACACAGAUCUGCCUCUCACCAUAGUCAACAUGGAUCUGGCUCAGGUCUGUGUUCUAGCUCUGAACAAUGUGGUUUUGGAUCUGGUCAGUAUUCUGGCACUGGACAAUAUGGGUCUGGCUCAUAUAGCUCUGAACAAUGUGGUUUUGGAUCUGGUCAGUAUUCUGGCACUGAACAAUCUGGGUUUGGCUCAUCUCACUCAUCUAGCUCUGGACAAUAUGGUUUGGGAUCUGGUCAGUGUUCUGACGCCGAACAAUCUGGAUUUGGCUCAUCUCACUCAUCUAUCUCUGGACAAUACGGUUUGGGAUCUGGUCACUGUUCUGACACCGAACAAUAUGGUUAUGGCUCGUGUCAUUCACCUUGCCCUAAACAAUGUGGUUCUGGAUCCAGUUGGUGUCCUAGCUAUGAGCAACAUGAAUUACAAGGAAGAUGUGGGUUAAUUUUAAUCGGUACUCAUGAUGAGGACAGUAAACCCAAAAUAGGCUCAACUCCCAAUCAAUCAAGAAGAAAUAGCCAGGAACGGUCAGGGUACAGUGAAGAAGAAAGAAGUAGUGAGUCUGAGAGAUACGAGAGUAUUCAUGGACAAAGACAAGUAGAAAGCUCCUUGAGUUGUGGCUUUGGACAACCUACAGCCAACACACCCAAUUUAGUGUUAAUGUUCAAGGAGGAUAAUAGACAAGAUGGCCAUUAUUAUUAUCAGACAGAAGGCAAUAACUGUGGAGAUGGAAGCACCAACUCAAGUUCCCACAGUUUCAGUAGCAGCACUCCACUCUAUAAAUAUGUCCAAGAGCACAGGUGUUAAUUCUAAUGAUGAAUAAUAAAUAGAAGUGAAAUUAACUCAAGUAGUAAUUUAAAAAAUAAGAAACUAUAACAGACAAGCAACUUAUUAUAAAGCGUCUUUCUAAAAGUGAAUGUAUUUGUUUCUAUCUUUUUCAUUUGACUGCAUUCUAUUCAUUGUUAUUGGGUUCCUUCCAAAGAAUGUAGGGUAUGUGGGCUACAUUGCUAGGAAAUCCUGAGUUGAAUAAAUAAUGUGUGGGACUAAAUUUAGAAGCAUAAUAUAAAGUAUUUAUGUAGCCUAGGGUUUAGUUAAGGUGUCUUUUUAAGAGUUCACUAUUCAUUAUUUAUGGCAAACUAAGCCUGCAUCUUUAAAAAGCAAAAAAUUAUAUUACCAGUUCUGGAGCCAAAGCUUCUCUUACAUCAAUGUAAACCAUAAUUUUUGGUGUGCCCCACAUUGGAUGGUAGCAGAAAGAAGAUCCUAAAAGCAAAGAUGUAAUGUAGGAAGUUUCCCAGUUUAUCAAAACCAUCAAGCCCUUAUUCUCGGGUGCAUCUUCCAUCAGUAACCUACAGCGUCAUUAAAAAGUGGCACCAGGUGUUUGUUUCUCACUAGCCAAUGAGUGAGAGCAUUAUUUCUUAAACAGCAGAGAUGGACCAGUUCAGGAUUAAGAAAUCCAAAUGAGGGCUCUGACUUGUUUUUAGCAAGAAAGAUAUUGCCCAAGAAUUUGCUCUAGGUAAAAACAAAACAAAACAAAACUUUGGAAGAGCAAUACCAUGGAAAUGCAAUGGCUCCAACCUAUCUCUAUAGUUCAUUGGCCUUUCCACAUAGGAAAAUAGCCUUUAAACCCAGAGGGAAAGAAAGACUCAUCUGCCACUGCUGUAUAGUUGCUUGGUUUGACAUAUUUGUUUCAAAUAACUGGACUGCAUUAAAAUUAACAAUAAAAAAUAGUGAUUAAACACUAA